GUCCUCGGGACUGUCCAUGCCAGGCGUGUUUCAACACAAUGCAAGUAUAAAACAUACGCACAGACCAGCCUAAAAAGCGGCACUAAAAGCAAGUUUGAGAUAUUUUAGAUUUUAGGUCUAGAGUGGAUUACGAUCACAUGUCAUCAACUGAAUAGGUCAGCAAAAAGUUUGGGGAAGCUGACAACACAAGAUCUGUGAGAUAUGAAAUAAUAUCUAAUCAAAAAACAACAAAAAGUUAAUUAUUAAUGUUUUAUGACAUGGACACGAAUACAGUAUCACACUUAACAAUUAUCUGAUAAUAAGGAUGAUAAAUGGUACCCCUUUAAAAGUGGUUAUUUAUCUUUACUUUCAAGGAUAAUUUUCUUCUACCAUGUGUACACUUUCAUGCAUGUUAUCAUUUAAAUAUAACUUUCCGACUUCAAACGUUGUGAAAAACCAGAUAAGAGUACGACUUCCGUGCCGUUCUCAUCAACCGUGGUACUGUACAGUGCUUUUCAAAAAGUACUUUCUCCUAUUUAUUCCUCAACGCGUCAAGUUAGCAAGCUGGAAGUGAUGAAAUUGAUGCAUGCAUAAUAAUAUUUUAGUUAAGAGUGGCAGUUGAAAAUUUCAAGAUGUCAUCUCGGAAUGCUUUCAGAUAGUAUAUGUAGAGAGUCAUAUGAUAUCUCGUUUCCCUCCUUAUGACCUUCUUCGUAGGGGAACUGACCCAGUUAUUCAGGCAGCCGUCCUAUAACAAGAUCGAACCCAAAGUCAUCCAGAAGCUCAUCUUCGACCUUCAGAUAGGUGAUGAGCUCAAGAAACUUGUUCAACCCAAUCAACAUCAAACUCUGUGUCACGUAUGUCUAGCUGCAGUCAACCACUUAAUGAGUAAGAAAUUGACAGUGCAAUUGCUCUUUGAGAAGCUGUGUAACAUUUAUCUGGUUUUUGCUACAUGGACUAUCUCAGGGUUUUGCGAAGAACUGUUCAAUGUCAAUGCGCCUAUUUUACAUUACAUUACUGAGCAAAGCGACAUUUUCGAUCCACAACUGGCAUGCAGCAUUUUGCUCCAAAAGAAAAACUGCAAUUUCAACCACCCUGCAUUGACCUGGACAACGUAUGUGACUCCCGAAUCCACAAAAAAGAUUCCAAAAAAGCUAACAAGUGAUCCAAAUGCGAAACCAAUAACGAUAAUUCAGCUCUCAGAUUUCCAUGUUUCACCAGAUUAUGAAAUAGGCGGCGUCGCCGACUGUGGGUAUCCCGUUUGCUGUAAAAAGGGCUUGGGAAAUAAAAGAAAAGGCAAAGAAGCAGGAACUUGGGGUGACUACAGAAGGUGUGAUGCACCUCCAUGGUUGGCGCUUGAUGUAAUGAUGCAUAUCAAUCAAACACAUCGAGAUAUUGAUAUGGUAUACUUCACAGGGGACGUCGUUGAUCAUGCAGUAUGGAAAGCUUCCAGGAAGGACAACACAAAGCUGCUUUAUGAUACCUUUAAAAUAUUCUAUGAAUCUUUUCCCAACACACCUGUUUUGCCAUUAUUUGGAAAUCAUGAACCGGCUCCAGUAAACCAAUAUCCGCCCACUGACAUAGACCUGACACACAGCCACAAACAUUUCAUAUCUCAGCAAUGGCUCUAUACGCUAGCAUCUAAAAUAUGGAGACCUUGGUUGCCCCAGUCAGCGCUGAAAACCGUUCGCAGACAAGGCUACUACUCUUACACAUAUAACAAUAGGCUAAAGAUUAUUGCCUUGAAUAACAAUGUUUGUUAUUAUCUCAACUGGUGGCUGAUGUAUAAUACAACGUAUAUCAACGAACAGCUAGACUUCAUGCGAGUUGAACUUGAAGACUCCGAGGCUCGUGGGCAGUUUGUCCAUAUUAUUGCACACGUUCCAACAGGAAAUGGAGAAUGUGUCCAACCAUGGGAGCGAAGCUAUGUCGCUUUGGUUCGAAGAUUUGCUCACAUUAUAGUGGGUCAAUUCUACGGCCAUACUCAUACUGAUGAGUUAAAAAUAUUUUAUGACGAGGAUUACCUGAAGCCAAUCAAUGUAGGGUACAAUGGUGCCAGUCUAACAACGUAUGAGGAUUACAAUCCAAACUAUAAAGUGAUGUAUGUAGACAGAAAUACUUAUGAGCUACUCGAUAUUGAGACCUACAUAAUGAAUCUAACUCAUUCUAACCAACACCCUAAUGAUCCUCCAUACUGGUAUAAACUGUACUCGAUGAAGGAAGCCUACAACUUAAAGUCGUUAGCACCAAAAGAGGUAGAUGUCGUUGCCAAAGGCUUGUUUGUAGACGAAGAUCUCUUCCAACAAUACUGGAGGUACUACGUGCGUGAUGGCGAUCCGUCCCUCAAAAAAGGUUGCGAUCAGAAAUGUUCUCGGUCGGUAAAGUGUAAAGCUAUAACGACCGAUUGGAUGCAUCCACCAAUCGAAGCAUGUAACUAAGGAUCUUCAUCCAGAUCAGACAAUCAUUUAGAUAAGGCCCAUGUACUGUGAUUUUUCAGAAAAUACCUGUAAUACAGUUCCUUUAAAAAUAUAAAUAGCAGUUCUUCAAAUAGCGUAACAGCCAUGUAACAGCGCACUACAAGAAAUCCAAUAGCCUUACCAUACCUGUUUUUCUCAACGUAGACAGAGGAUUUUCAUACCGGAUAAUGAAACGUUCUAAAUUUAUCUUUCACGCAUAUUUUAGGUGAUUUAUUUAAACACAUCAAGUCUUUAACAUCAAAUAUCUCGUACAUUAUUGAACCCUCAUUUAACUUUAUUAUAUUUUAUCAAAAUCAACACCUCUUCAGCUGAAUAUGGAAAUAUUUCAAUAUGUACAAAAAAGCCAAGGAAUGGUGCUUACACGUGAGCAACAGCAAACAGAUUGAUGCCCUUCCUUUUUGUUCUGUAGACAAACUUUUAUUUAUUUAAGUACGUCAUUUUUGUCAAAACACAAGAUUUCAAAAGUUACCAAGUU